UUGUUGUUGCUAACUCAACCAAACAAUGUUAGGGCUUUUCAGAGAAAUCCGCACUCUCUCGCUCUUCGAUUCCGUUUCUCGAAUUGGGUUGUUCAGGAAUGGUCAAUUAGGAUACAGAGAAGCAAAACCUAAGAAGAGGAAGAAGCUGCAGCAGCAACACUUGUUCACGAGUCGCUAUCUCCUCAGAACAAGAACAAUGUCUGCAUCAGCGAAGAGCGUUUCGACCUUGGACAAUGUAGUGGUGAAGUCACCGAACGAUCGGAGGUUAUACAGAGUGAUUGAAUUGGAGAACGGAUUGUGUGCUCUGCUUAUUCACGAUCCAGAUAUCUAUCCCGAAGGCUCUGUUCCGGAUCAAGUUGAUGAAGAUGACGAGGACGGUGAAGAAGAAGAUAGUGACGGGAGCUAUGAAGAUGAUGACGAAGAAGGGGAAGGAGAUGAAGAAGAUGAUGAGGAUGAGGAUGAGGAUGAGGAUGCGGAUGAAGUGAAAGGGAAAGAAGAUCAUCAGACGAAAAAGGCAGCUGCAGCUAUGUGUGUUUCAAUGGGAAGCUUCUUGGAUCCUCCGGAGGCGCAAGGAUUGGCUCACUUUCUUGAACACAUGCUUUUUAUGGGUAGCACUGAGUUUCCCGAUGAGAAUGAAUAUGAUAGUUACUUGUCUAAGCAUGGUGGAGCCUCUAAUGCGUACACAGAGAUGGAGCAUACAUGCUAUCACUUUGAAGUCAAGAGAGAAUUCCUUCGAGGUGCCUUGAAAAGGUUCUCUCAGUUUUUUGUUGCACCGCUUAUGAAGACCGAGGCUAUGGAACGAGAACUCCUUGCCGUUGAUUCAGAAUUUAACCAGGCCAUCCAAAAUGAUUUAUGUCGCCUGCAACAACUUCAGUGCUAUACGUCUGCAAAGGGUCAUCCUUUUAAUAGGUUUGCAUGGGGUAACAAGAAGAGCUUAAGUGGUGCAAUGGAAAAUGGGGUUGAUCUACGGGAAUGUAUUGUGAAAUUAUAUAAGGAAUAUUACCAUGGUGGAUUAAUGAAGCUCGUUGUCAUUGGGGGAGAAUCUCUUGAUAUGCUUGAAAGUUGGGUUGUAGAACUAUUUGGUGCUGUCAAAAACGGAUCCAAAAUCAGGCCAACUCUGGAGGCAGAAGGUCCUAUUUGGAAAGGCGGUAAAUUAUUUCGCCUAGAAGCGGUUAAAGAUGUUCAUAUUCUAGAUUUGACAUGGACUCUCCCCCCUCUUCGCCAUGCAUAUGUGAAGAAGCCGGAAGACUAUCUAGCACAUCUAUUAGGACAUGAGGGUAGAGGAAGUCUGCAUUCAUUCCUCAAAGGUAGGGGUUGGGCAACCUCGCUCUCUGCUGGUGUUGGGGAUGAUGGAAUUAACCGCUCGUCUCUAGCCUAUGUUUUUGGCAUGUCCAUACAUCUCACUGACUCUGGUUUAGAGAAGGUUUAUGACAUCAUUGGUUACGUUUAUCAAUAUCUCAAGCUAUUGCGUGAUGUGUCACCACAAGAAUGGAUAUUUAAGGAACUCCAAGAUAUUGGGAACAUGGACUUUAAAUUUGCUGAGGAGCAGCCGGCAGACGAUUAUGCUGCUGAGCUCUCAGAGAAUAUGCUUGCGUAUCCGGUGGAGCACGUUAUUUAUGGUGAUUAUGUAUACCAGACAUGGGAUCCAAAGUUGAUAGAAGAUCUUAUGGGUUUCUUCACACCAAAAAACAUGCGGAUUGAUGUUGUUUCGAAAUCCAUCAAGUCAGAAGAGUUCCAGCAAGAGCCUUGGUUUGGUUCUCGUUACAUUGAGGAAGAUGUUCCAUUGUCGUUGAUGGAAACAUGGACCAAUCCUUCAGAAGUAGAUGCCUCUUUGCAUCUUCCCUCGAAAAAUCAAUUUAUCCCAUGUGAUUUUUCGAUCCGAGCCAUUAACUCUGAUGUGGAUCCCAAAACUCAGUCUCCUCCUAGAUGUAUAAUUGAUGAACCGUUCAUGAAGUUCUGGUACAAGCUUGACGAAACUUUUAAGGUUCCUCGUGCAAAUACGUACUUCCGCAUAAAUCUGAAGGGGGCAUAUGCCAGUGUGAAGAACUGCCUUUUGACAGAAUUAUUUAUUAACCUUCUGAAAGACGAGACAAAGGAACAGCUUGGCUAUGUUGUCGAGUGUGGCCCUCGCUUAACGUAUCGUGUCCAUGGUUUCUGUUUCUGUGUUCAAUCUUCCAAGUACGGUCCAGUCCAUUUGCUUGGGAGAGUCGAAAACUUCAUAAAAAAGAUUGAAGGGCUGUUGGAACAAUUGGAUGAAGAAUCCUUUGAAGAUUAUAGAAGCGGUGUGAUUGCUAGAUUGCUGGAAAAGGAUCCCUCUCUCUUGUCUGAGACAAAUGAGUUAUGGAGUCAGAUUGUUGACAAAAGGUACAUGUUUGAUUUCUCCCACAAAGAAGCAGAAGAACUGAGAAGCAUACAGAAGAAAGAUGUGAUUAAGUGGUACAAAACCUAUUUCAGAGAGUCUUCACCAAAAUGCCGUAGGCUUGCGGUUAGGGUUUGGGGGUGCGACACCAAUAUGAAAGAAAGUCAAACAGACGAGAAGUCGGUGCAGGUCAUAGCAGACGCUAUAGCUUUCAAGUCGACAUCUCAGUUUUACCCCAGCCUUUGCUGAUAGAGAAACAACAUUUACACAAGAGUGUUUUGCUGCUGCUUUUUUUUUUUUAAUUUUUUCCAUUUAUGUUUUCAUUCACCCAAUUUUAUUCAGUACCUUGAAUGGAUAAGUUAUAUAUAUACAUUUGGGUGACAAACACCAGUAACGCCCCCCUUUCUAUUUUGUUUGUUAAGAAGAUUUGAUUAUAUGCA